AUGACUCACUGGAAUGUGUUCUCUUUUGUGUUCUGGGGCACAAAUAGCACCUUGGAGUCACCACUGAUGCAUGAAGUUUCAGAACUGCAGCAGGGCAGUGGCAACGGCAGCUCGGGAAGCAGCCUGGGUGGCUCUAUCACCGCAUGUAAGAAGGUUCUUUGCAGUAAUAGCCUGCUUGAGUCAACAGAUUACUGGUUGCAGAAUCAGAGGACGCCCUGCCAAAUUGGUUUUGUAGAAGACAAGUCUGAAAACUGUGCUUCUGUCUGCUUUGUGAACCUGGAUGUGAACAAGGAUGAAUGCAGCACAGAGCACCUGCAGCAGAAGUUGGUCAACGUUUCACCAGAUCUUCCAAAACUUAUCAGCUCCAUGAAUGUCCAACAGCCAAAAGAAAAUGAAAUUGUCCUCCUAAGUGGGUUAGCAUCUGGCAAUCUCCAAGCAGAUUUUGAAGUUUCACAGUGCCCUUGGCUGCCAGAUAUCUGCUUGGUCCAAUGUGCAAGAGGUAACAGACCAAACAGUACCAAUUGCAUCAUCUUUGAAAUCAACAAAUUUUUGAUUGGUCUGGAACUGGUGCAGGAGCGGCAGCUCCACCUGGAAACAAACGUCUUGAAACUGGAGGAUGACACAAACUGUUCUUUAUCCUCAAUUGAGGAAGACUUUCUCACCGCGUCUGAGCACUUGGAGGAGGAAAGCGAGGUGGAAGAAUACAGGAAUGGGUAUGAAAAUAUAAAUGUCUCAGCCAAUGUUUUGGAGAGUAAAAAGCCAAAGGAAGCUACCCAGGAGGAAUGGAAUUACAAGGCAAAGUUGCUUUAUACUUUGGAAGACAAAUACAUUGGCAAAUAUCAUACACCGUUCGUUAAAAUGGAACGAUCUCCGGAAAACCUAGCAGAGAACACAGCCUUGCAGGGUCUGGGUGCCUCAGCCAAGCCUUCACAGUGGAAAGGUGAGGCUGUGGGGAAUGUGAGACAAGCCACAAAUUGUUAUUGUUCAGAAAUCUUUAAAGGUCAAGUGGAAAAAUCACAGGCUCUGCAUAUUCCAAGUGAUGCUUAUUUCUCCACGAUGGUUAAAGAGAUACCUUCUGCAUGUGGCACUGUCACUGAGCAGGCCAGCCAGCUGGACUCAGGAGACCAGGAAGAUGCAAGAAACUCUAUUCCUCCUGAACAAGACGGAGAAGUCACAACUGGCGAGUAUGCUACAAAUUUAGCAGAAUCCGUGCUGCAAGACGCAUUUAUUAGACUAUCUCAGUCUCAGCCUACACUACCCCAGGAAUCUGCAGUCAGUGUGUCUGGAGGAAGUGCUCUGCUUCCCAGUUGCUGCUCCACAAAAGAUAUUGUGGUCCCUCGGUCAUGGAAUGAGCUCCCCAAAAUUGUCAUUGUCCAGAGUCCAGAUGGUAGUGAUGCUGCCCUGGAGCCAGGCAUCUCCUCGUGGCCUGAGACGGAAGUCUCCGUGGAAACCUCAGGUGCCCACUCUGGAGAAAACUCCAGCAGACAUCCCCAGAGUGCUCUAGAAGUAGCAUUAGCUUGUGCGGCCACUGUAAUUGGGACCAUUUCCAGUCCACAGGCCACAGAAAGACUCAAAAUGGAGCAAGAGGCCCUAGUAUCACACUGUCAACUGGGUGACAGUGAAGCACUGCAAACUCAAGCAUCCCCUGCAGCCAGGGAGCCUUCCCUCAGCGAAUACUCCUUUCCAUCUGCUUUGUGUGGCAUGACUCAGGUGGCAAGUGCCGUUGCUGUCUGUGGCCUGGGUGAAAGAGAAGAGGCGACGUGCCCUGUGGCUCCAAGUGGCUCCUUACCUACAGCUGAGUCUUCUGAAGCAACCCCGCCACUUUAUGGUUUAGCAACAGGGAGAGGGAUGGAGCUGGGAAAGGAAGCCAUUGUGGAGGGGCUGCUCAAGGAGGCUGCUCUGGUUUUAACAAGGCCUAACAACUACAACAGCAUUGGAGACUUCAUGGAAUCCAUGAACAGGAGAAUCAUAGACACUGCUUCAAAGCCUCAGACCCUAUGCUCAGAAAAUGUCCUCAGGAAUGAUCUGGCACAGACCCUGUCCAAUGUGAUCCUGAAGCAUUCCAUUGAUGAAGUUCACCGGAAAAAUCAAAUAAUCAACCCCAAUGAUGGCAGGCCUUCCUCGGAAACUCUGGACAUCUUAAUGGAAAGUACAAACCAACUGCUCUUCAAUGUGGUAUGCUUCACGUUCAAGAAGAUGAGCCAUAUCAUACAGCUUGGUGAACAUUCCACUGUGCUUUCCAAGGAGACAGAACUAGGCUACCAGCCAUGGGAUCAGGCUGCUGGUCAAACACGAACAAAAGCCACUGAACACUCCAGCAGCUAUCCACUCAGCGAUGCUCUUGUGGAUGACAUGUAUCCAAAGCAAGACCGCAAGGGUGGCAUGAGGCCAGGUCUCUUCAAGAACCCCACACUGCCAUCUGAAUUAUCAUGUAGUCAUGGAGUGCCAGAUUCUUCGGUUGCUAAAACAUCCCCCAAGGAAAUAUAUCUGAAAGGAAUGGUGGCAGAGGAUACAAAAAGCCCUCAUCAGACACCCAGUCAUGGUGACAAUGAAUGGAGAGCCUGUUUCAAAGCAGAAAGGUCACUGACAGUAGGCCAGUGCAGGAGUGGUUCCCGGGAUGCUGAGGACAAUAUCAACCCAGAUGCCCAAGAAAAGUACGAUUGUGCCACACCUCUAAACAACGAAGCUCAAGGUAAUCUGUCCUUGUUAGGGGAUGACUUGCCACUUCCUGCUCAAUCCAUGCUGCAAGCAAAGCAUGCAGACAUCUACUGCAUUGCAGACUUUGCCGAAGAAUUAGCAGAGACGGUGGUCUCCAUGGCAACCGAAAUAGCAGCGAUUUGCCUUGACAACUCCAAUGGGAAACAACCCUGGUUUUGUGCAUGGAAAAGAGGGAGCGAGUUUCUGGUUACACCCAACGCAUCUUGCCGAUCCUUGAAGAGAAAGAAGGAAAGCCAGGCGGGUGGGGCUGCUGUGAGGAAACACAAGCCACCCCGGCUCAGUGAGAUCAAGAGGAAGACAGAUGAGCACCCUGAGCUUAAGGAGAAGCUUAUGAACAGGGUUGUGGACGAGUCUAUGAACCUUGAGGACAUCCCGGAUUCCGUCAAUAUCUUUGCAAAUGAAGUGACCGCCAAGAUCAUGAACCUAACGGAGUUCUCCAUGGUGGACGGCGUGUGGCAAGCCCAGAGCUACCCCCGGAAUCGGUUACUGAGCGGGGACAGGUGGAGCCGGCUGAAGGCCUCCAGCUGCGAGAGCAUCCCCGAGGAGGACUCGGAAGCCAGGGCCUAUGUCAACAGCCUGGGUUUCAUGAGUACCUUAAGCCAGCCCGUCAGCAGGGCCAGCUCGGUCUCCAAGCAGUCGAGCUGCGAGAGCAUCACCGACGAGUUUUCCAGGUUCAUGGUGAACCAGAUGGAAAGCGAAGGGAGAGGGUUUGAGUUACUGCUGGAUUACUACGCCGGCAAGAACGCCAGCAGCAUUCUGAGCUCAGCCAUGCAACAGGCGUGCCGGACGAGUGACCACCUCAGCGUGAGGCCGAGCUGCCCCUCUAAGCAGUCCAGCACGGAGAGCAUCACCGAGGAGUUCUAUAGGUACAUGCUCAGGGACGUCGAAAGAGACAGCAGAGACAGCGCCUCGUCCAGACGGAGCAGCCAGGAUUGGACGGCUGGCUUGCUGUCCCCCUCUUUGCGGUCCCCGCUUUGUUACAGACAGUCGUCGGUGCCGGAUAGCAGGUCCCCCUGUGCCGGGUUGACGGUCAGUGCGCCCAUCAAAGCCAACUCCUUAGAUGGCUUUGCUCAGAGCUGCCCGCAAGAUUUCCUAAACGUGCAGCCGGUCGGUAGCGCUUCCUCGUCGGGUCUCUGCCAGUCGGACUCUUGCCUGUAUCGGAGAGGUGGGACUGAUCACAUCACAAACAUGCUAAUUCACGAGACGUGGGCAAGCUCAAUUAAGGCCCUCAUGCGCAAGAACAAAAUUAUCGUGGAUGACGCAGAGGCCGCGGCUGCUGAGCCUGGGCCUGGUCCCUUACAGGGGGAGAAAUGUGCGAAUAAAUUAGCCGCGAGCAGGGUGUACGGCGGGCCAACUCUGCGCGUUCAGGAGCCUGUCGAUUACCCUAGGAGAGACUCUGCUGCCGAAAGCAAACAUCUUCCAGUGUCAUCUCCAAGCAAAACUGCUCCUCUUACAAGCCACAGCAGUGUAGAUGCUAAAAAGGAAACUUCCUCGUGUCAUGAUGCUGUCCCUCUAAACCACACGAGACAAUCUCUUUGCUCAAGGGAAGUGCCUUUGAUCCAGAUAGAAAUAGAUCAGAGAGAAGCCUGUGCUGGAGAACCCAAACACAGCCUUUCCGAAAGCAGCCCCCUAGAGGAAGCCGAAGAGCAUUUGAAUGAAGAAAAGGUCCCAGAUGGGGUAAGAGGUGGAGACGCAGAUGUGAGCGUCUGUCAAAACCACAGUCACAGCCUUGAUGCCAGAGACGUACCAGAGGCGGAAGUGUCUACAGAUGCCAGAGCCCCUGACGAGUUCCCCAACCCUCCCAGCAGCAGCGAGGAGAGCACAGGCAGCUGGUCCCAGCUGGCCAACGAGGAUGACAACCCAGAUGACACAAGUAGCUUUCUGCAGCUCAGCGAGCGAUCCCUGAGCAAUGGCAACAGUAGUGCCACUAGCAGUCUUGGCACUAUGGACCUGGACAUUUAUCAGGAAAACAUGCCAUCUCCUCCCAUGAUUAAUGAAUUAGUAGAAGAAAAGGAGACUCUUAAAGGACAGUCAGAAAACAUAGAGGAACGUGCCUCCCAACUGCCUGUGGGACCAGCCGGCCCCCAGAGGAGUCUGCUGGUGAUCAACUUUGACCUUGAGCCAGAGUGCCCUGACGCCGAGCUUCGAGCCACUCUGCAGUGGAUAGCUGCCUCCGAACUUGGGAUUCCCACCAUCUACUUUAAGAAAUCUCAGGAAAAUAGAAUUGAAAAGUUUCUAGAUGUCGUGCGGCUGGUUCAUCAGAAGUCCUGGAAAGUGGGGGAUAUCUUUCACGCAGUCGUCCAGUACUGCAAAAUGCAUGAGGAGCGGAAGGGUGGGAGCCUGAGUCUCUUUGACUGGCUCUUGGAACUGGGAUAAGGCAGGCUGCCCUGUAGAUCAUUCCUUCCCUUUGUUCCAGCUUAUAUUACAGUGGUUUGUUCUAGAUGCUCUAAAUGUUCUCAAAACAUCACAUCACAUUAGCAGAGCUAUAAAAAAAAUCUGCUACUCAAGUUCACUGCACACAGAAUAAAUCUAAGGAAAAGCAAAAUAUAGGUCCGUCCAAACCCAUACAACCCGUGGGAGAGUUACAAAGAGCUUGCGUUAGAGGGGCUGGAAAAAGAGAAAUUUGCUCGUUAUGAGGCCCAAACUCCAGGAAAGCUACACUCACUUAUGUUUAAUCAUAUAAAAUGAUCUGUAAUGUCUUCAAUUAGGCAAAUUAACUGGAAAUAAACAGAUUGGUCGAAAUAAUUUAUAAAUUAUGCUGUAACCUAUAUUUUACUUUUCUGAGCAUAUUAAGGGGCUGCCAGUCCAGGGAAACACUUAAGAUAUGGGUAAGAAAUCCCCAGGCCUUUAUAGAAAAGAUUUCCACUUUCAGACCAGUAUCAGUGGAUAUUGAUAAAAGGAUAUCGGUGUCCUCUACGGAGGUGAUUUUAUUUAUUCACUGCAACGUGCUGACAAAUAUCUCACUUCUCCCCUACAAUAUCUGGGCUCCUAUUUAGCCAGAAACCUGUUGGCAUUCAGCUGACGGAGAGGGAUAUCGAAGGUUGUCUUGUUUCCAACACUAUGUUACUUGGGUAACGUGAUUACAGAAUUCUUACCCUAACAGAAAGCUUUAUUACUUAACAAAAAAAAAUCUUUUGAGAUUAAAUCUGCUUGUGUCUUGAAAUACAUAAAAUAUAAACUUUCACUUUAUUUUAUUGUAAAUUAUGAAGAGAUUGUUAUCUUAAAUAAUAUAUUGAGUUAGCUUAGAGCUUCGUAAAAUAUGAAGAGAUUGAUGUCUAAAGUCAUAUGUUGACAUUGAGCUCAGUGGUUUGUUUCAUUAUGAAUGUGUUGGUUCCUGUAUGGCAGACAUGCCACUCCAAUGACAUUUAUAAUGAUGGAAGCAGGGUAAUAGCCUUGUGUUUGACAUGGCCAGUUAGGAUCACAGACUGUCCCUGACUCAAAGAUAUUAGCAUUCAAUUUGGGGGAAAGAAGACUUUAUCACAUUUUAAGUAUUUUAAUAAUAGAGAUUUACUCUUUUGGAAAAUAAAGGCAUCUAAAUGUAUCCCUAAUAAGUCUUCUUUCCUUUCAACUAAAUGAACUACACUGACUUUUAUUUUCUUGAUCAAAGAUGUGUUUAUUAACAAUUUCCAGAAAUACUAUACUUUUAUUCUGUUUUUAAAGAUCAUGAAGUAAUUUUAAAUGUGAACAAGACCCCACACUGUCAAUGCUGGCCUCAUCUGAUCUACCAUCCAAAUCUUGAAAGGCCAAGAAAGCUCCCUCCUAAGCUAUACUUCCUCCCUCCACCCACCCCAGGAAUCUUUGCCAGUGCUCAUUAGUCAUUUAUUACACAAAUAGUCAAAAUUUAGGUUUUAUGUUUAAUUUGACACAUUAACCAAAUGUCAAAUUUUAAAAUAUAUCCACCAUCUCAAGCUAAAAUGUGCUUCUUUGUGCUAAAAAAAUGGGAAAUGAUAUAUUUAUUUUUUAAACAGUCCCAGAAUAUUGUGUUUAAAAUUUUCUUGUGCUCGAAUAAAUGUUUACUUAUCUUACAAAGCACAAAUACUGGAUUGUAACCAUGUGAUGAAGUUAUCUAUGUUGUACUUAACGUUGCAAACUAAUCAAUAAAUUACUGUUG